AUGAGGAUUUCAAGCUUUUGUAUAUGGCAAGUUUGUUUUUCAGAGAAUUUAAAAACAGACGGGAACCCAUGCAAAAAUGGUGUUACAGUUAAAAAUCUGCCCGAGUGGGAGGGCAACUACGUCCUCGACGGUCAAUCUGAUAAUGGCCACCCUAUCUACGUGGCAAAUGGCGACGAAAGGUAUCUCUACGUCAUCGAAACCUUUGGCGUGAAAAAGUGGCAUUUUUCCUACCUUCCCGACGGCCUUGGAGCGUAUGCUUGGGGUAACUUCCACAAGAAUUGCCCCUCAGAGCAGGAAGAUACCGAAUGGUGGCUGUUCAAGGUUGAUGAGUGGAGAAACUUUGAUACUGUUCUGACAGAGAUUGAAUGA